AUGCAAUUCCUCAAGACAUUUCUGUUGACUGCCCUGGUUUUAGUGGCACCUGCUUCUGCCGCUGUGAUCCAGAAGCGCGACACUGUUGAUCUCUUCAUCUGGAGCGGUACCGGUUUCCAAAAUUACGUUGAAAACUACAGCUUCGAUUCCGAUAGCUGCCAGGCAAUCGCUGCUCCAUCAUCAGGAACAGUAGGCUCCGCAACGGUCGACGACAAUGCUACUUGCAAUGUUUACGCAAGCCCCGAUUGCUCAGGCGACGUAGCGGGCACCCUUAGUGCGCCGGGCAUUUCUGAUACCGGCUCCCUGGGGAGCAGCUUCGGGAGUGUGUUGUGCACUGUCUCGUCGUCCUCUGGGAGUUCGAGUACGACGUCUAGUACUUCUAAGCAUUGA